CUGAAGAUGCCCUUUCGUAGCUGUCUCUACUAGCCUCGCGCACGCUAAAAAGAUCAACCCCUUUUGACUAAAACUUUCUUCAUUCCCUUCUUUUUUUUUUGUCUUAUCAUCUCUUCUUCGGAGCUCAAAUUCACUUCAACUGAACUGGGGCUUUUCAUCUUUUCCUUAAAAGUCAGACCUUUGUGUUCUGUUUCGAGUCAAAAAAAAGAUCGAACUUUCCACUUUGAGAGAAUCGGGUCUGAUCGAGGUUGCUAAUCUCAUCUUCUCUUCACUUUUAUUUACACAUCUCCGGUGCCUUGCGUGUGGUGGUGGCUAUGGUGAUCUGAGUGGAAAGAUUAGGGUUUCAUAAGGAGAUGAUGAUGGCUACAGGGCAAGACUCUGUUAAAGUGGUGGGCUUAGAAAAAAAUAAAAAUGGGUUUUGGUUGAGAAUCAAGCUCAUGUUUAGCUGCAUCUCUUCUAGAUCAAAAGUUGAUAACUCCACUGUAAUAGAACCUAAGCCUGUUAUUGAGAAGCGUGAAGAGGAUGGUUCACCCAAAAAACCUCUAAUGAGUGGAGGAGAAUUAAAGUAUUCAUCAAAGCUACGGAUAUUCAUGUUCAACGACCUCAAGCUAGCCACUAGGAACUUCAGACCAGAGUCUCUUCUUGGCGAAGGUGGUUUUGGAUGUGUUUUCAAAGGAUGGAUUGAGGAAAACGGAACAGCUCCCGUCAAGCCUGGUACUGGUCUAACCGUAGCUGUCAAAACACUUAACCCAGAUGGCCUUCAAGGUCACAAGGAGUGGCUGGCUGAGAUUAACUUUCUUGGAAACCUUGUUCACCCAAGCUUGGUUAAACUGGUUGGGUAUUGCAUGGAAGAUGAUCAAAGGCUGCUUGUUUAUGAGUUUAUGCCUAGAGGAAGUCUUGAGAAUCAUCUUUUCAGAAGGACAUUACCUCUCCCUUGGUCUGUGAGAAUGAAAAUCGCGGUUGGUGCAGCUAAAGGUCUUGCCUUUCUUCACGAGGAAGCCGAGAAGCCUGUCAUUUACCGCGAUUUCAAAACAUCUAACAUCUUACUUGACGCGGUAUAUGUCUGUUUGAUUUCACAUAAUAAACAGACUCCAAUUCUCUUUAUUAUUUAUAUAUUUGGAAACAAAUGUUUUCUAUUUCAGGAAUAUAACGCAAAGCUGUCUGAUUUUGGACUUGCAAAAGAUGCACCAGACGAGAAAAAAUCACAUGUAUCAACCAGAGUCAUGGGAACAUAUGGUUAUGCAGCUCCUGAGUAUGUAAUGACUGGACAUUUGAGUACAAAGAGUGAUGUAUACAGCUUUGGAGUAGUGUUACUCGAGAUACUAACCGGACGCAGAGCGGUGGAUAAAACCCGUCCCAACGGCGAACAGAACCUGGUCGAAUGCGCGAGACCUCAUCUUUUAGACAAGAAGAGGUUUUACAGACUGUUGGAUCCUCGGUUGGAAGGUCACUACUCGAUCAAGGGUGCUCAGAAGGCGACACAAGUAGCGGCGCAGUGUUUGAACCGAGACUGCAAAGCUAGACCGAAGAUGAGCGAAGUGGUGGAAGCUUUGAAGGCGUUGCCGAGUCUUAAAGACUUCGCUAGCUCUUCUUCUUCUUUCCAAACUAUGCAGCCUGUUGGGAAGAACGGUGUUAGAACACAAGGAGGAGGAGGAGGUGGGUUUGUGUCGAGGAAUGGAGUGCCUUUGAGGAGUUUGUCUAGUUUGAACUUGCCUCAAGGUUCUUCGCCUUAUCGGUAUGCUCGUGGAUCACCAAAGGCUAAAGGAUAAAAGUCAAGACUUGAUUAUAGGGAUUAGCUCUUUGGUUCUGAAGGUCUAGAGAUUUUGAUCUGGUGACUUGUUAUUGUGUAGAAAUGUAAAGGUUGAGAGUAUAAAGUGAGCCUGUUUGUACGACGUUAUGUUUGCACUGUCAUGCUAUGCAUUGGUUUUUAUUUUUCCU